UCCGGGGAGAGCGGAUAUAGUGAAUGCGGGGUCCGGGGAGAGCGGAUAUAGUGAAUGCGGGGUCCGGGGAGAGCGGAUAUAGUGAAUGCGGGGUCCGGGGAGAACGGAUAUAGUGAAUGCGGGGUCCGGGGAGAACGGAUAUAGUGAAUGCGGGGUCCGGGGAGAACGGAUAUAGUGAAAUGCGGGGUCCGGGGAGAACGGAUAUAGUGAAUGCGGGGUCCGGGGAGAACGGAUAUAGUGAAUGUGGGAUAUAGUGAAUGCAGGGUCCGGGGAGACCAGAUAUAGUGAAUGCAGGGUAGGUUUAGUAA